GAGCUGGUCGCGUGAGGUCUGGCGGCUCCACUUCAGGUGCGACUGGUAGCGAGUGCCGGGCCAAGAGCUAGUGUGAUCCCCUGAGCUUUGAGUACGGUCACCAUGGACCGCCCGGAUGAGGGGCCUCCGGCGAAGACCCGCCGCCUGAGCAGCCCGGAGCCCCCUCAGCGCGACCCGCCGCCGCCCCCGCCCCCGCCGCCGCUCCUGCGACUGCCCCUGCCUCCACCCCAGCAGCGCCCGAGGCUCCGGGAGGAAACCGAGGCUGCACAGGUGCUGGCUGACAUGAGGGGGGUGGGACUGGGGCCCACGCUGCCCCCACCGCCACCCUAUGUCAUUCUCGAGGAGGGGGGGAUCCGCGCGUACUUCACCCUGGGUGCUGGGGGUCCCGGCUGGGAUCCUGCGAUCGAGUCAGGGUACGGGGAGGCGCCCCCUCCAACAGGGAGCCUGGAAACACUCCCCCCUUCCGAAUCCUCUGGGGGAAGCCUAGAAAUUGACUUCCAGGUUGCAGAGUCCAGCAGCCUUGCUGGAGAGAAGGCCCUAGAAACCUGUAGCUCAGUAGGGUGGGGGCCCCAGGUGUUAGUUGGUCCAAAGAGGAAGGAAGAGGCUGUCAUCCUAGUGGAAGAUGAGGAUGAGAAUGUAAAGGAAAGUGUGAGGAGGAGGAGGAGGAGGCGGAGGAGGAGGAAGCAGAGGAAGGUAAAGAAGGAAAGCAAAGAGAGGAAUGCCCAGAGGAUGGAAAGCAUCCUGCAGGCACUGGAGAGCAUUCAAAUGGACCUGGAGGCGGUGAACAUCAAAGCAGGCAAGGCCUUCCUGCGUCUCAAGCGCAAGUUCAUUCAGAUGAGAAGACCUUUUCUGGAACGCAGAGACCUCAUCAUCCAGCAUAUCCCAGGCUUCUGGGUCAAAGCAUUCCUCAACCACCCCAGAAUUUCAAUCUUGAUCAACCAACGUGAUGAAGACAUUUUCCGCUACUUGACCAAUCUUCAGGUACAGGAUCUCAGACAUAUCUCCAUGGGGUACAAAAUGAAGCUGUACUUCCAGACAAACCCAUACUUUACAAACAUGGUGAUAGUCAAGGAGUUCCAACGCAACCGCUCGGGCCGGCUGGUGUCUCACUCCACCCCAAUCCGCUGGCACCGCGGCCAGGAACCCCAGGCCCAUAAUCGCAGGAACCAGGACGCCAGUCACAGCUUCUUUAGCUGGUUCUCAAACCACAGCCUCCCAGAGGCUGACAGGAUUGCUGAGAUUAUCAAGAACGACCUGUGGGUUAAUCCUCUGCGCUACUACAUGAGAGAAGGGGGCUAUAGGGCAAACAGAAAAAAACAAGAAGAGAAGGAAAGUAAAGCCAGGAAUGAAUAUGAAAUGGUGAUCAUGGAAGAUGCUCAUGACUAUUAUGGCAUGGAAGACAUUCUCAGCGAGAUCUCAGACAUUGAUGAGACCACCGACAAUGAGACCAUUUAUGACAUCAAGAUCUCUGACUUCAUGGAGACCACUGACUACUUUGAGACCACUGACAAUGAGAUAACUGACAUCAAUGAGAGUCUGUGUGACAGUGAGAACCCUGACCUCAAUGAAGGCCCCAACAAUGAGACCACUGACGAGAGCACUGAUGAUGAAACCACUGACGAGAGUGCCAAUGACAAUGAGAGUCCUGUUAACAACAGUGAGAACCUGGAAAACAAGAACACCUAUGACAAUGAGAAUGGUGAUGGUGACAAUAAAAACCUGGAAGGUAGCCACCAGGGCAGCAAUGGCAACAACGAAGACAGCAGUGAUAGUGACAAUGGAGAUGAAGGCAGUGAUGAUGAAGAUAAUGAUGGCAAUGAAGGCGACAACGAGGGCAGUGAUGAUGAUGGCAAUGAGGGUGACAAUGAGGGAAGUGAUGAUGAUGAUAGAGACAUUGACUACUACAAGAAUGACAUUGAGGUCUUUGACAAGGAUCUGGAUAACAGCACCAACCAGGAUGACUAUGAAGAUGAGGUAGAGAUCAUCUCUGAAGAAUCAGAGGAGGAGGAAGGCAGUGAAGAAGAGAGUGAGCAAGGUGAGCACAGCUAUGAGGAGGAAGAAAGCGAAGUCGACUCAGAAGACUCAGAAAUCGAGGAGGUGCUGCAGUUCCCAAAGUCUUGGGCCAACCCUGGGAAGUGGGAAAAAACCGGAUAAACAUCUUACCCUUUUGGGGGGUCUCUUCUCUGUAUCCCCCGGCCCCUGCCCCAUUUGCCCGCCCCUCAGCUAGGGCCAUGCGGCCCCACAUUGCACUUCUGGGGGGUUACCGACUUCAUACACGGGUUUAAAGUUUAUUUUUAUGGUUUAGUAAUUGCAGAGUUCUUAUUUUGGGAGGAGGAAAGGGGGAAUUCCCCUUUUUUUGGCCCUCCCCACUCCCCGCAGGCUUCUGUGUGCUGCUAAAUGUAUUUAUUGUGAUGCCUUGGUCAGGGCCCCAAUAGCCCUCUUCUCCACAUCAGUGUUGGUCCCAGCCCUUCUCUCCGUGCAGUAUGAAGUGGACACCCUGAUCCCGAAGCCAGGAGGGCCGCUGUGGCCUUCGUCGCAGCUGCACAGUGGCCUUGGAGGCUUUGCUGCCAUCUUGUUCUCCCAAGUCUCUCUUUUCUCUCUCUCUCCAACCCUCUCUUUUUCCCGCGUGCCCGCUAGCCCGCUUCGGUAUCUAUGCAAGGCUACUUCGCCAUUGCAGUAUUCCUGUUCCCCUCCCCCAGAAGUUCCUCCUCUUUCCCUGUUGAACCCUGCUGAUCCUAAUAAA